GAUGUACAGAAGUUGCUGUUAUCUAGCAGCUGCAGGCCCCUUGUGUGAAAAAAGCUGCAUUAUGUUUGCUGCGACUGUACAGGAAAAAUCCCGAUGUUAUCAAUGUAGAUGGAUGGGCGGAUCAAAUGGCUCAACUUUUGGAUGAACGAGACCUUGGUGUUUUAACAUCUUCUAUGAGUCUUCUUGUUGCAUUAGUAUCAAACCAACACGGGGACACUUCUGAUAACAAAUCUAUGGAACAUGAUAAUGUUUUUCAUUCUAUAAGCAAUGCACAGUCAGGCAUGAACCCCACAUGUACACCUAAAUUAAUGUUCCAAAAAGAAAGUUCUCCAUUUCCCACUAGUAUUUCCUCCCAUUCCAAUCCUAAAAGUCAGAACUCAGAAGCUCAUCAAUUGUCGGAUGACACCACCUAUACUUGUGUUCGAAACAAAAAUGAUCAAAGCAAUAUUGAUUGUGCUAUGCAUGACUCUCCAUCUAACGAUCAAAAUUGUGGUACUAGCCUUUACCAUGAUGCAGAAAAUCGCAACACUAGUGGUCUAUCUAAAGGCACAGGCAGCCGGAGUGAUGGAAAUACCCCUCAGUCUGUUGUAGGCAAGAACCACCUUGAAAGUUCUAUUAGUAAUGAUCACUAUGACGAGCCUAGAGGCGCAAAUUCUUACCACACCAGCCAAAGAGAAGCAACCCUACUAAAGUUUCGACUGAAGAGAAAAGAUAGAUGUUAUGAUAAAAAGGUCCGAUAUGAAAGCCGGGAAAGACAGGCAGAUAAACGUCCACGGAUGGAAGGGCAGUUUGUUCGCCAAGUACAAAGUGAACUUGUGGUAUUGACCGGAGGUUACUGAGAGUGUUUUGUUUCAUCUUGCCUUCAUUAUUGAUUUAUAGUCUGACUUCCAACACUAAUUUUACUCGACAACGCGAUUAAAUGUAGGUC